AUGAGGGUCUCAUCAGGCUGCUGGGAGAAAUGGCCAUCGCUCGGGGAGAAGUUCUGCCCGGACUUCAGGCAGUUCUGCUGCUCAAGAGGACUGAGAGGCCAUGAGGAGUCAACCUGUGUACCUCGUCCUCAGUGUCCCAGUGAGUGCACUUGUCUGGAGUCUGUGGUGCGCUGCAGCAACAAGCACCUCCAAACACUACCCAAGGGCAUCCCCAGAAAUGUCACAGAGUUGUACCUUGAUGGAAACCAGUUCAGUAAUGUUCCAAAGGAAAUGUCAAGCUUCAAGUACCUACAAUUGGUUGACCUGAGCAACAAUAAGAUCAACUCUCUGACCAACUCCUCCUUUGCAAACAUGAGCCAACUAACAACACUAAUCCUGAGCUACAACUCUCUGCGUUGCAUCCCCAAAAAGGCUUUCAGUGGACUGCACUCACUUCGGCUACUGUCUCUCCAUGGUAAUGAAAUCUCAGAGCUUCCUGAUGGUAUCUUCAAUGACGUGGCCUCACUUUCCCAUUUAGCAAUUGGUGCUAAUCCUUUGUACUGCAAUUGCCACCUGCGCUGGCUGCUCGACUGGGUGAAGACUGGAUACAAAGAACCUGGAAUCGCACGUUGUUCUGGUCCACAGGGCAUGGAGGGCAAACUGCUCCUCACAACGCCUGCAAAGAAAUUUGAAUGCAAAGAUGAUGUGGACCUUGACGUGUUGGCAAAGUGUAACCCUUGUUUGUCCAGUCCCUGCCUGAACCAUGGCAUCUGUCACAACGACCCAACGGAGGGCUACAGGUGCAGCUGUCCUCCAGGAUUCAAGGGCAAGAACUGUGAGACAUCUCUGAACGCCUGCAUGAGUAACCCAUGUGCCAACGGAGGAACCUGCCAAGUGAGUGAGGAGAACGAGGGAGAAUACAGUUGCACGUGUCCACUGGGCUUUGAGGGCCCGACUUGCCAAAUCAACACAGACGACUGCGAAGACAACGACUGCGAGAAUGGAGCCACCUGCAUUGAUGGAGUCAACAACUACACUUGUUUUUGUCCCCCCUACUACACAG